AUGUCUGUAUCCAUGAGAGAUUUGGAUCCAGCGUUCCAAGGAGCUGGACAGAAAGCUGGUAUUGAGGUAUGGCGUAUAGAGAAUUUCCGCCCUGCACCCAUUCCAAAGUCUUCUAUUGGGAAGUUUUUUACCGGAGAUUCUUACAUAGUGUUGAAGACAACGGCGUUAAAAACUGGUGCAUUGCGCCAUGAUAUCCAUUACUGGCUUGGCAAAGAUACCUCUCAGGAUGAAGCCGGGACUGCUGCAGUUAAAACAGUUGAAUUAGAUGCUGCCCUUGGAGGUCGUGCAGUUCAGUAUCGGGAAGUUCCGUUUGCUCGGAGUUCUUUAAACCAUGACGACAUUUACAUUCUCGACACAAAGUCCAAGAUUUUUCAAUUUAAUGGAUCAAAUUCAAGUAUCCAAGAGAGAGCAAAAGCAUUGGAAGUGGUUCAGUACAUCAAAGAUACUUACCAUGAUGGCACAUGUGAAGUUGCUACAGUUGAGGAUGGGAAACUUAUGGCUGAUGCUGAAAGUGGAGAAUUUUGGGGUUUCUUUGGUGGGUUCGCUCCGCUUCCUAGAAAAACAGCUAAUGACGAAGACAAAACUUACAGUUCCGAUAUCACAAAGCUAUAUUGUGUGGAGAAAGGACAGGCAAAUCCCGUUGAAGGUGACUCGUUGAAGAGGGAAAUGCUGGAUACAAACAAGUGUUACAUUCUUGAUUGUGGAAUCGAAGUGUUUGUUUGGAUGGGAAGAACCACUUCUCUUGAUGAUAGAAAAGUUGCGAGUGGAGCAGCAGAAGAAAUGAUCCGUUCAUCUGAACGUCCCAAAUCACAAUUGAUCCGCAUAAUUGAAGGGUUUGAAACUGUGCCAUUCCGAUCAAAGUUUGAUACCUGGACUCAAGAAACUAAUACGACCGUGUCAGAGGAUGGUAGAGGCAGAGUUGCUGCACUUUUGCAACGACAAGGAGUAAACGUGAGAGGCCUGAUGAAAGCUGCUCCGCCAAAAGAAGAGCCUCAAGCUUUCAUUGAUUGCACCGGAAACCUGCAGGUUUGGCGUGUGAAUGGUCAGGAAAAGACUCUCCUUCAAGCCGCUGAUCAUUCGAAAUUCUACAGUGGAGAUUGCUAUGUUUUCCAAUAUUCUUAUCCCGGAGAAGAAAAAGAAGAAGUUCUUAUAGGAACGUGGUUUGGCAAGCGAAGCGUGGAGGAAGAAAAAGCUUCUGCAGUUUCAAUGGCGAGCAAAAUGGUUGAGUCAAUGAAAUUUGUACCAGCUCAAGCUCGCAUCUAUGAAGGAAAGGAACCAGUUCAGUUCUUCGUUAUUAUGCAAAGCUUUAUCGUUUUCAAGGGUGGUAUUAGCACUGGAUACAAGAAAUACAUAGCAGAGAAAGAAGUCGAUGAUGAUACAUACAGUGAGAAUGGUCUUGCUCUAUUCCGCAUUCAAGGGUCUGGUCCGGAAAAUAUGCAAGCAAUACAAGUUGACCCGGUUGCUACAUCACUGAACUCCUCAUACUGUUACAUACUACAUAAUGAUUCUUCUGUCUUUACUUGGACUGGGAAUCUAGCAACCUCAACUGACCAGGAACUCGUCGAGAGGCAGCUCGAUCUUAUCAAGCCAAACCUACAGACUAGAGCACAAAAGGAAGGUUCAGAAUCAGAACAGUUCUGGGAGUUAUUAGGAGGCAAAGCCGAAUAUCUGAGCCAAAAGCUCACAAAAGAACCUGAGAGUGACCCUCACUUGUUCUCCUGCACUUUCACAAAAGCAUGUGGCUCAAUCCCAAGCUUUUUUGGUCCUUUUGUGAUUUCUUGGCAGGUGACAGAGAUAUAUAACUUCACACAGGAUGACUUGAUGACCGAAGAUAUAUUUAUCGUAGACUGUCACUCAGAGAUCUUUGUAUGGGUUGGCCAAGAAGUAGUCCCAAAGAACAAGUUGCUAGCUUUAUCUAUCGGAGAGAAAUUCAUCAAGAAAGAUUCUCUCCUGGAAAAGUUAUCACCUGAAGCCCCUAUAUAUGUGAUCAUGGAAGGUGGUGAGCCAAGUUUCUUCACCCGUUUUUUCACUUCUUGGGAUUCAUCAAAAUCUGCUAUGCAUGGAAACUCAUUCCAAAGAAAACUCAGAAUUGUCAAAAAUGGUGGAACUCCAGUUGCAGAUAAACCAAAACGAAGAACUCCAGCUUCAUAUGGUGGCCGUGCCAGCGUUCCAGACAAGUCGCAGCAGCGUUCAAGAAGUAUGUCGUUUAGUCCAGACAGGGUUCGAGUGAGGGGGAGAUCUCCAGCGUUCAAUGCACUCGCAGCAACAUUUGAGAGCCAAAAUGCAAGAAACCUCUCAACUCCUCCCCCUGUAGUUAGGAAACUCUACCCGAGAUCUGUUACUCCUGAUUCCUCAAAGCUUGCUCCCAAGUCUUCAGCCAUUGCUUCUCGUAGUGCCCUUUUCGAACAACAAUCAAAAACAUCUCCCCAAGAACCUUCAAUUCCAAAACCACUCAAAGCGAGCCCGAAGGCACCUGAGUCUCCGGCGCCGGAAUCCAACUCAAAAGAAGAGAAAAAGGAAAAUGACAAGGAGGAGGAGAAAUCGAUGAGCAGCCGUAUAGAAUCUCUGACGAUUCAAGAAGAUGCUAAAGAAGGAGUCGAAGACGAAGAAGAUUUACCAGCUCACCCAUACGAACGUCUCAAGACAACUUCCGCUGAUCCUGUCACAGACAUUGAUGUAACAAGGAGAGAGGCUUACCUUUCAUCAGAGGAGUUCAAAGAGAAAUUUGGUAUGACAAAAGAAGCAUUCUACAAGCUGCCUAAAUGGAAACAGAACAAAUUCAAGAUGGCUGUUCAGCUCUUCUGA